AUGCCGAACGUAUUUAAGAGCGUCGUUGUGCUAAAUACGACCCUACAUAAGCACAUCACUGGCUCCCCCAACAAUACCAACAUCUCCUCACUACCGAUUUCGCGUUCCUAUUUUGCGCUAGCCAAUCGAAUAUGCGGCUCCACCUACGAUGUCACUCGUUCAUUUGACUAUGGCCACCCAGCCACGAAACCUCAAGAAGGAGAAACUUUGGAAUACGGUGCCAGAUUCAGGGAAUGCUUGAAUUAUCUAGAUAGGGCUAGUCAGUGGAGUACAGCGGUGGCAAACGCCGCUGAUGAGCCCGCUAGUGAUGGGGAUGGUCUUGUGGGAACGACUCCGAGGUCGAAACGAAGCGGGGACAUGUUGAACUAUUCGCCAGGUAUUCUGGCCAUUCAGUUACCCCCACCUGAGACGAACCCCAGCUGA